CGAUACUCCUUUCAGAACCCAUCUGCAGCACAAUAAUGGAACUCAAACACACCAGAAUCCUUGCCCCGAUUAUUCUCAUUCUCCUCUGCUUCGUCGUCUCUAUUUCUGCCUUUACAGUUCGAGACGGCGAAGAACGAGAGAGGGAAGAAGUACCAAUUCACAAACCAUCGUUGUGGGAGAUCUUUAAAAAUGGCUUCCCUCCCUAUACAUCUUCCCCCUUGAAAGUUUCGAGUUACCGGGACAAGCUCAAGUCGCUAACAUCGCAACUACAUGCCUACUUCUUCCCUCCUAAUUUGGAUUUUAGGGGAACUACCAGUGGUGAUGAUGAAGCAAGAGUUGAUCAAUCUAGCAGUCCCGGAGGCGGUGGUGGAGCUGGAGAAAAGGUGAAAGAAGCGCUGAGCAAGAGCUUCGUGAAAAGCAAAGAAACUGUGGAGGACACGGCUAAAUCGGCAGCCAGAGCUGUAGGAGAAACUAUGCAUGAGACCAAGGAGAAUGUGAAAAGGAGCUUUUCUGAUAGAGGUGGUCAUCAACCUGAGCUGUGAACAUACAGACCGUUAUGAACAUCUGGGUGGUUCUUAGCUUCUACUAUAUAUAUAUAUAUAUACAUAUAUAUAUGUAUAGAUAUAUAU